CCGGGCGCGGUGCGGUUGCUGGCGGACCUGCUGUGCUGCGGUGGAGGGGGGUGUCCCCAUGAGUGCGGCGCCCCUGGUGGGCUACAGCAGCAGCGGCUCCGAGGAUGAGGCCGAGGCCGAGGCCGGGGCCGGGGCCGGGUUCCGGCCGGGGACUGGAGGCUGCAGUCGGGGCCAGAGCCCCCAUCCCAGCCAGAGGUUACCAGUACCCGACAGCGUGCUGCACAUGUUCCCGGGCAGCGAGGAGGGGCCUGUGGAGGAUAGCGCAAAAUACGGGGGCCGGGUGCGCACCUUUCCCCAUGAGCGGGGCAACUGGGCCACCCAUGUCUACGUACCAUAUGAAGCCAGGGAGGAGUUCCUGGACCUGCUUGAUGUGCUGCUGCCGCAGGCACAGACCUACGUCCCCCGGCUGGUGAGGAUGGAGGCCUUCCACCUCAGCCUGUCCCACAGCGUGGUUCUGCGCCAUCACUGGAUCCUCCCCUUCGUGCAGGCUCUGAAAGACCGCGUGGCCUCCUUCCAGAGAUUCUGCUUUACUGCCGACCGGGUAAAGAUUUACACCAAUCAAGAGAAAACCAGGACCUUUGUUGGGCUCGAGGUCACCUCGGGACAUGCCCAGUUCCUGGACCUGGUUUCAGAGGUAGAUAGGGUCAUGGAGGAGUUUGACCUCACCACUUUCUACCAGGACCCCUCUUUCCACAUCAGUCUGGCCUGGUGCGUGGGUGAUGCACGUCUCCAGCUGGAAGGGCAGUGCCUGCGGGAACUACAGGAAGUCGUGGAUGAGUUUGAAGACUCCGAGAUGCUGCUACGUGCGCACGCUGAGCAAAUCCGCUGCAAGUCUGGGAACAAAUUCUUCUCGAUGCCUUUGAAGUGAGCACCAGAGGCCCUGGUUGUCCUGGGCCCCUCUGCAGCCAGGCAGAGAUGGAGGGACCCACUCAGAUAGAUGGGGAUGCUGCCAGCCCCACCCUGGGAGGCCUCACCAGAGGUGCAGCCGCUUCUGGUCUUCCCCCGGGAGCUGGUUCUCUUAUGGCCCUUUUGGGCUGCAGUUGGGGUGCCACUGUGUUGUGGUCAUUCCCAGAAAUCACCAGUAGAGGGCAGGCUGGCUUCCUAGUUCUAGGUCUCCGGUUGUUAUGAAAAAAACAAAACAAAACAAAAAAUGGGGUCACCUGGUGAGCCCCCCAGACUCAGCCAGAAUCCCCAUUGUAGUCCCUUCCAACAAUGACCCCCCUCCCCCCAGCCCCUUGGGCUGUCUGCAUUUUGAUGCCAUUGGCCCCGGAACAAGGGUUUUUCUAAGCCAUCGUGCCCUGACUCAUCUCUGCUCAAGCCUGACAUAGGGUGCUUCCACGGGCCUGUCAUGCUCCCUCCUUGAAGCCAUGUUGCUUUUAUUUAUUUAUUUUUAGUCUCACCCCCUCCUCUGCCAGCGGAGGCCAUUUCAGGGCCAAGGCCCAGGGUGCUAAUUUGUGGUUUAGCAUCAGUUUUCUCCAUUUCUUCCUCCCACUCACCCCCAGCCAGGUGCCUGGGGAGACUUGAGCAGAUGUUUCAUCUUGGCCUGCCUGGUGGCUUGAGGCCAGGCCUCCAACGCUCUGUGACCUCUGGCUUCCCAUCAGCUUCCCAAAGAAGCAGAGAGGAGCCUUCACCAGGCAGAGUUCUCUUUCUGCUGCCUCCAGCUGCCUGUGGGCGUUCCAAGGGGAUGCGGAGGAAGGGCCAAGGGGUUGCACGGGGGGUUUUGUUUUUCUUCGAGCCCUCACGAGAGCAAAGGACCAGUUGCAAUCUGGAUUUCUAGUGAUGGAGGAAGAGACACUUUUAUGUUUUAGUUUUAAAUUAUGUUCAACAAAUAAAAAUUGCACUUUUUAUUUUGGA